AUGUGUAUAUAUUAUUUUUAAUUUUUAAUUUUUUCGAAUAUGUUGGACGUGUAUAUAUGGGGAGGUAUCCCUGCCUAUCUAUCACACACACAGACACAGCCAUACAGAAGGUGUGCCUUGUUAUCUCUCUCUCUCUCCCUCCCUCCUACGACGAGCUCCAUGGUGUCGUUCCACGACGACGAGAAGCCUUCUUCUCCGAAUGCAGGGAGCAAAGAUGGGCUGGUGGCGAUGGCAAUUCCGGCGUUCAACAGAAAAGACGUGGCACUGACCAAGGAUACAGUGACGGCGAUGGUGGAGAUCAGUGCCACAUUAUCCGCCACCAUGAGGGAGGGGCUGGACCUGGUGGCGGUGCUGGACGUGAGCGGCAGCAUGAGCGGGGACAAGAUCGAGAGCGUGAAGAAGGCCCUGCAGUUCGUCAUCUUGAAGCUCACCCCCGUGGACCGCCUCUCCAUCGUCACCUUCCAUAGCACCGCCCACAGGCUAAACCCGCUGCGCUCCAUGACGCAUGCUGCCCAGGCCGACCUCAGGGCCAUCGUCAACGGCCUGGUGGCCGACGGCGGCACCGACAUAAAGGCCGGCCUUGAUGUGGGGCUGGCCGUCCUCGCCGGCCGCGUCCACACCGAAUCACGCACCCCCAACAUCUUCCUCAUGUCCGACGGGCAGACCUCCGGUGACCCCAGGCAAGUGAACCCCGGGGAAGUGGGCGUCUACACCUUUGGUUUCGGCGCCGGCACGGACCACAAGCUGCUGAGCGACCUGGCCAACAAGUCUAUCGGCGGGACGUACAGCGCGGUCCCCGACGGGACCAACCUCAGCGCGCCCUUCUCGCAGCUGCUCGGCGGCCUGCUCACGGUGGUGGCGCAGGACGUGCAGCUCACGCUCGAGCCCAACAACGCCGACGGCGACCUGGACAAGAUGACCGUGGCCCCCGGCACGGACUACAGCACCACCACCGAUCAAAAGACUGGCAUCAUCACCAUCAAGUUCGGCACCCUCUUCAGCAGCGAAGCCCGCAAGGUGGCCGUCAACUUUACGCUCAAGGACAGCACCGAGACCGAGGAGUACGACGCCAACUUGGCCGAGGCGCGGCACAGCUACGCCGGUCAGAAGACGCGCCAGUCCCCGGAAAGCAUCCUGAUUGUGCGCACGCCGAACCCAAGCCCCGUCGACCCCUCCAGCGCCGGCGCCCAGCAGAGGUCGGUGCAGGCCGAGGAGCUGCGCCGGCUGCACGCCAACACGAUCGGCGCCGCGAGCCUCCUGGCCGACGCCGAGAGGCUACCGGAGGCGCGGCACAAGAUCAUGGACGCGCAGAACGCCGUGGAGGACAUCAUGCUGGACGAUGGCGAGAAGAUGAUCAACGCGCUCCGCGCCGAGCUGCUGCAGCUUCUGACCUUCAUGGAGUCGCAGGCGCUCUACAACGAGCGGGGCCACCCCUACGCGCUCGCUACCAUCGCCUCCCACGGGCGCCAGCGCACCGCCGGGAGGGGCGACGAGGGGGAGGUCAUAUCCCUCUACGUCACGCCGCGCAUGAUCGCCUACCUCGAGCAGGCCAAGAGGUUCGAGGAGAACCCCGAGGAGCCGGUGCCCACCGCCGACGACGACGUCGAGGAGGAGGUCAAAAACGACCCCUUUGGCAGCAUCGCCGCCCCUCUCGCACUGUACCUCGACACCGCGAUACAGGCGCUCAAGUCCAUCAAGAAGGUGCUCGCCGACGCCAGCCAGCGCAAGCGCUAGACCAAUUAAUAAGCUCGCGCGGGCAACACUUUUAUAUCUAUAUAUAUUUAUCCUUUGCAUUUCAUGUGUUUAUUUGUACUAGCUAAUACGUUGGCUUGCAUGUAGUUUUCCGUUUAUCUCAUCCCUGUAAUAUGUAACCGGCCGCCGGUCGAUCGAUGUAUCCCGAGUUUGUUUCAGUCAAUUAUAAAUA